AGGAGGAGGAGGAGAGGAAGGGGGUGUUAGAGUAUUCCGAAUUGACGCUCAGAGAUAAACAAGGAGACACCCUGUUUGGAAGACGUCUGUGGCGGGAAGCGACAGGGAUCUGCAACUGAGAUGGCUGAGGUGUCACAAGAGGAGAGACUCCAGGCCAUCGCUGAGAAAAGGAAGAGGCAGACAGAGAUUGAAAACAAGAGGAGGCAGCUGGAUGACGACCGACGACAACUCCAGCAUCUCAAGUCGAAGGCACUGAGGGAGCGCUGGUUGUUAGACGGAGCUCCAGCUGAGGAGGAGACUCAGAAGCGUCUGCAAGAGGAUGAAGUGAAGACCAAACUCUUGGAGCAGGUCAUCCUCAGGCUGGAGCAAGAGAUUGAAGAACUGGAGACAGACGUGCCAGCCAAUAAAGGUGUGGUUAAAGAAAAUGGAGGUGAAAAUGGAGUAGUGCAGACCUCUGGUCAGACCCCCAAGAGAGAGGUGACAGGGAUUGAGGCCAAGCUGCUGGGUCCCAGUCCUGACCAGGCUAGCGCAGACAACCCUGUUACCCUUGUGUUCAUGGGCUACAAGACCGUUGAAGAGGAGACGGAGACCCGCACAGCCUUGGGAAUGGAAGGGGUAGAUGGCAACGUCAAGGCUGAGUUUGUUGUGAUCGAGGAUGGGGAGGGCAAAGUGGGAGGGGAGGGAGCCACAGAAGAGCAGGCUCCACCCAACGGGAGCAUGGCGGAGAAAGAAAAGGCCAAUGGAGGUGGAGAAGAUGGAGAGAAGGAAAAGGAGAAGAAACAGACCUGCAAAUGCUGCACGGUCAUGUGAGCUGUGUGUGCAUGUGUAUGUCGGCGAGUGUGUGGUGUGUGUG